GGCACCAACCAGCUGCCGCUCCAGCCUUGCCGAAGUUUCACUUUUUGUCUGUGGGUUCGCUCCCGGGCCCCUCGCGAGCUUUCCCGGGAUAAGUAGCUUUAGCGAGCAGGGGGACAGCCGGGUGCUGCAAGAAAUUGAAGAGAAUCCUGAUUACUGUCGUGUUGGGAGAGGACUGAAGGAAGCCAGACUUGUUCCUCACUCUCAGAGCUUCUUGGGAGUCCUCUGGCUCCCAGGUGACCUGCAGCAGGACCUCUGGCUGGACCAUUGAGGCUCAGAAACAGAACUGAGGACGGAGACCACUCACCUGAUUCUCGGGUUAGGGCUGUUUUCGUUGUUCCACUGGGCACUCGUUGGAGGGGAAGAUACUGUUUCCUCAAUUGACACUACUGUUGCAGUUUGCUGAACCUUGUGUCCCCUGACCACUCCCAGAGCUAUUAUCUGAGGGAAGCUUUGCCUCUGGUUGAGGAGACAGACAUCUUCAGUGGGAGGUCUAACACUUGCUGGGCCAGGACACUUUCAACAUUAAAGAUUCCAACCAUGUCUCACCCCUCUUGGCUGCCACCCAGAAGUACCGGGGAGCCCCUUGGCCAUGUGCCUGCGCGGAUGGAGACCACCCAUUCCUUUGGGACCCCCAGCAUUUCAGUGUCCACACAACAGCCACCCAAAAAAUUUGCACCAGUGGUUGCUCCGAAGCCGAAGUACAACCCAUACAAGCAACCUGGAGGGGAAGGUGAUUUUCUUCCACCCCCACCCCCACCUCUGGAUGAUCCCGGUGUUCUUCCAUCUGGCUCUGGAAACUUCCCUCCUCCACCACCGCUUGAUGAAGGUGCUUUCAGGGCACAGAUUGAAGGCAGGAAAGUUUGUUGUCUUGUGGAUUCACAUGCAUUCCUAAUUAAGGGAAAUCCUGGAGGCAAGACCCUCGAGGAGAGACGUUCCAGCCUGGACGCGGAGAUUGACUCACUGACUAGCAUCUUGGCUGACCUUGAGAGCAGCUCGCCCUACAAGCCUCGGCCUCCCCAGGGCUCUACUGGUAUUACAGCCUCUCCUCCAGUCUCCACCCCUGUCACAGGGCACAAGAGAAUGGUCAUACCAAACCAGCCCCCACUAACAGCAACCAAAAAGUCGACCCUGAAACCACAACCUGCCCCUCAGGCUGGACCCAUUCCCGUGACUCCGAUUGGAACACUGAAACCCCAGCCUCAGCCUGUCCCAGCCUCCUACACUACGGCAUCCACCCCAUCGAGGCCUACCUUCAAUGUACAAGUGAAGUCAGCCCAGCCCAGCUCGCAUUACAUGGCUGCCCCUUCACCAGGACAGUUUUAUGGCCCGGGGCCAGGGCACCAGAGCUAUAACACUCAACCAGUGCCUGUGUCUGGGCAGUGUCCACCUCCUUCUACACGGGGAGCCAUGGAUUACACAUAUAUUCCACCACCAGGACUUCAGCCUGAGCCUGGGUAUGGGUAUGGUCCUAACCAAGGGCGCUAUUAUGAAGCCUAUUGCCCAGCGGGGCCUGCAUAUGGGGGCAAAAAUGAUUCUGAUCCUGCCUAUGGUCAACAAGGUCACCCCAAUGCCUGGAAGCGGGAACAAGGGUACACUCCCUCUGGGUCAGGAAACCAGCACCCUGCUGGCAUGUAUCCGGUUGCUGGUCCCAAGAAGACAUAUAUCACAGAUCCUGUUCCAGCCCCCUCUGCACCACCACUGCAACCAAAGGGUGGACAAACAGGGUCAAAGGGACCUCCAGCUGCUCCUCCCUCAUUCCGCCCAGAAGAUGAGCUGGAGCACUUGACCAAGAAGAUGCUGUAUGAUAUGGAAAACCCACCUGCUGAUGAAUACUUUGGCCGCUGUGCUCGCUGUGGGGAAAAUGUGGUCGGGGAAGGCACAGGAUGCACUGCCAUGGACCAGGUCUUCCACGUGGACUGUUUCACGUGCAUCAUCUGCAGCAACAAGCUCCGAGGGCAGCCCUUCUAUGCUGUGGAGAAGAAAGCCUACUGCGAGCCCUGCUACAUUAAUACCUUGGAGCAGUGCAGCGUGUGCUCCAAGCCCAUCAUGGAGCGGAUUCUCCGAGCCACCGGCAAGGCCUAUCAUCCUCACUGCUUCACCUGUGUGAUGUGCCACCGCAGCCUGGAUGGGAUCCCAUUCACUGUGGAUGCUGGCGGCCUCAUCCACUGCAUCGAGGACUUUCACAAGAAAUUUGCCCCCCGGUGUUCUGUGUGCAAGGAGCCUAUCAUGCCAGCCCCAGGCCAAGAGGAGACUGUCCGGAUUGUGGCUCUGGAUCGCGAUUUCCAUGUUCACUGCUACCGCUGUGAGGAUUGUGGCGGUCUCCUGUCUGAAGGAGACAACCAAGGCUGCUACCCUUUGGAUGGGCACAUCCUCUGCAAGACCUGCAACUCCGCCCGCAUCCGAGUGUUGACCGCCAAGGCUAGCACUGACCUUUGAGGUCAGUGGCCUGUUCAGCUGGUUAGUGGAUGGUGCUGAGAAGAAUGAAACACACACACACACAAGAAGAAGAAAAGCAAUAGAAAAAUAGAAGAAAGGCAAUCCAGCUAUGGAAUGAUCUCUAUUCUUCAUGUAGUAGUAACCUCUCUGUAGAAACACAUAGAUUAUGAGAUUUCUUUUUAAGUUCUUAACCAACUACACAUUUCACAUUUAAUUAUGUAGGACGUUGAUGGUCCUUUGUUCCCAAGGACUUCCACAUUUUUGCACGGAUUAUGCUCCAUCCCAUUCACUUCUGCAUUCCUGUAACUUUUAAUCCCUGUUUGUCUCACUUUUCAUCUGGUUGAAUGGUUUGCUCAGUGUGGUAUUUGCUGUCACGCAGAUUUUCCUGAGUGAAUCAGCCAAUUCACAGGUGCUUUUAGGCUUGACGACCCUCUAUCUGAUCACAUCCACAUUGCCUAUGAUCACACAGGAUAGCCAUUCUUUCUUUGUGUAUUAAAAAGUAUAUAUUUCCGUGCUUCUAAACUGGUCAUGUUCCUUGGAAAAAUGCACAAUUUAUAUGUUAGGCUAUAAAGAAUUUAAGCUGUAAAUUACAUAGUUUAAAACAAGCCCAAAUUUGUAACACCCAAAUGCAAAAUCUAUAGUGACCGGUGGAAAAGGCCUCAUUUUGAAAACAGAUGUCAGUAAGAGAGAUCCAAACUUCAAUCAUUUUUUUAAAAGAAAUGACAGGUGGGAUAUGCUGAGAAAGCAUGGGGGUGUGUUUGAAAAGCCCAUUAUUAUCCCACAAUAUUACCUUAAGAUUUCCCUUUUCCACACUGCUGGACACAGUACAAACUUGGUUGUCCCUAGAACAUAAAAUUGUUCUAUAUUGCCCAGCUUUCAUAUCGGAAAUAUUGACUUUUUUCUAAUAUUCAAACACGAGUACCAAAACUGACUUUUUCUCUAGUGAGGGGUAGCCUUAAAGAACAGCAAAUUCCCCUGCCCCCUGGCCCAGGUCUUUUUUGCCUGAUAAUUGCAAAUCAGGGCACAUAAAAUAGAAUUGUAGAGUUUUGUUUAGUUUACUUUAAAAAGACAGAAAAACUUGAAAAGAUUGUGAAACCACAGUUUCAUUAUUCUCUUACUCUUUCUGCAACUUAAAAUACAUAUCACAGGAGACAUUGUCAUGUCAUUGAUGUGACAUUUAUGCCACACUUUCAAAGACAAUCAUGGGAGAACGUCCUCUUUCUGAGUUAAAAAUAUACAGAGCUUCUGCCUGGAGUCUUUAUUCAAACUCUGUUGGGCAGUGAAAUGAAUGUUUGCCAACUGCAGAACCAUAAUUCAUUAGGUUCUAACAUCUUUCUUUUAAGGAGAGACACCUACCUUAAUAAUGACAUUUUUUUAAACUAAUUAAGUAUUUUGGAUUGAGAUUUCUUAAACCUUUCUUCAAAUCUUCCACACAUAUAUGCUUUUAAAUUAUGAAAUAUUUUAAAUAUGCACAAAAGUAUAAAUAAUAAUAUAAUGAAUUCCUAUCUAUGUAACACCUAGUUUAAAAAAUCAAAUAUAACAAAUAUAGUUACAUUCUCCUACAUACCCUUCCUUGGUUCCACAAAUAUAUUUUUCAUCAUUAUAAAAUGAUAAAGUCAGUUUUUUAGACUAAUUAUUUUUAUUUUUUUUAACACCCAGAACAGAAAUGAAAAAAAUAUUUGGGCAUGUUUUGAAUUGCAACCCUUGCCUCUGGAAUUCCAAUUAAAUUUACUUCACUUUAGUAAAAAUAAUCACAAAAAUGGUUCUAUUUUUUCAAUAAGAAAUUCUUAAGUUCAUGGUCACUAUUGCUCAUCUAAGUUAAUCUGUGGCUCAUUUGCUUUGGUCACCAAACAGUUUUGUUUUAGAACCAGCAAAGUUGUAGUUUUUAAAGGGUUGUUGUUGUUGUUGUUUUUACCACUGUCCUCUUCUUUCCUUAGUACUCUUAUCUUCAAUCUUAAGUUUCUCAUAAUGUGAAACACAAUGGGAUUCACUUUGGGCAGCAUGUGGAUCAUAGGGUACAAGGGCAAUUGUGUCUCUGAAUUUCUGUCUUCUAAAUUAAAGGCCAGACCAUGCCGAUCACCUCAGAAAGCACUGACUGUGAGACAACUGGGGAGAGAAUAUAAUGUUUGAAUUGUUUCAGUAACUUUGUUCUGUAUGAAAUGCUUGGGAAAAACUGUUUUUAGGCCAAAAGCAAAGAGCCCAAUUUAUUGAGAAGUGAAUUUUAUCUCUUGAAUAGCAGUCAUAUUAUUAUAAAUUUUGCUGAAAAAGGAAGAAUUUAUGAAAUAUUUAUACUAUGAAAUGCAAUGACAUUCUACUUGUUUGUUACAUUUAAGUCCUUAUGUAACUGAAUGUUUACAAGCCAAAAAAAAAAGCAAGUUAUAAGAAAAUACUGUCACAGGCCCAUCACUGUGGCAUUGCCAGAAUACUACUUGCUUACAGUCUUUAUAGUGCAUUUUUAUCACAACCUCAGAGUAUCUUUACCAAAGAUUUUUAAAGUAAAUCUUUUUAAAUAUAGACUUACUAUACUUUUAUAUAAUAAUGAAUGUGCACACAUACAUAUGCAGAAAUAUUUAGAUUUAGAUUUUUUUCUUUCACAAGGUAUAAUAAGGAAAGGAUCCUACAAUAUUUUAUUCCAGGAUUUCUUAAGUAUAUGAUUUAUAUUGCUUUCUUGUCUUUUCUAUUAAUCAUUUGGUUUAAACAAUGCCAAAUCACUCUUUGCUGUUUUAGUUACAUGAAAUGUUGCCUAUCACAGAGAUUUAAAGAUCAUAUUGCCUUAAUGGUUUAUAAUUCUAUUAUCUUUUGAUAUAUUGUCUUAAUUGAUGACAUUUAAACUUAUAAAUCACAGAAAAAAUCAUACAGUCUAUUAGAGAAAGUUAGUAAAAAUAUACUGGUUUUAAAAAUUGUCAAGAACACGAAUACUUGGUAAUUUUGUGUAACAUGAGAGAUACAGGAAAGGGGAAAUAACCCACUCUGCCAUGGGCUCUGCAGAUCAUGUCAAUACCAGAGCUGUUGAUUGCCUGGAUCCCCAGCUCCUGCUGACUCAAUGUGGAGUCUAAUAUGCAAACAAAAUUGCCUUUAAAAUUUAAAAAUAAAUCCUGUGUUCCAGCAUAAGGCAUCAAGGGCUUUGAGAUGCUGGAAAUCUCUGCAGCUCAAACAUGUGGGUUCUUUUUCUUCCUGUUGACAAAUUAUUUCUGUAGGAGCAACUUCCCUGAUCAAAAUUCCCUCAUUGGGUAUAUGCUGAUUGAUGUAGUGGAAUUCCCAACACUGUAAUUGUUUUCUCGCUGUGAAAGAUCCUUUAGAGAUGCUUGUGGUGACGUUUAAAGUCUAUAAAACUCUACAUUUAAACAAGUAUUUUAUCUGGGUUCAGAGGAAGGAAGAGAACACUUCUGUGGGGCUGCUAUAGAGGGUUUUAUGGAAUACAGAAGGGACUCUGAAAACACAUCUUCUAACAGUUUUCCUAGUUAGUAAAAAUCCUAUUAAUGUGAACCAGCCAGGAAUAACAGUGUUAUUUCUAUUUGAUACGGUUUGGGUGUCUCUUGUCAAAUCUGUGUCAGCUGCCCCUUGAUGCCUCCAUUAUCAAGUUUUGAAGGGUGUUGGGGAAAUUCCGGCAGCUACUAGAGAGAUCAGGGAAGAACUGAUGUAACCUCACAGCCUCUCACCAUUCCUCUUGGCUUAGAAAGGCUUUUUCUCCAUAUACAUUUCUAGAAAUAUUGCUAUACUACCUUAGGAUUUCACAUUUGUAGUUUAAACAAGCGAUUGUCCAUCUGUUGCCUCAAGCUACAGUACAUGUGUGUUAUGAAAUAUGACAGCAUGUUCCAUACCCUGCUUUAGCCAUCUGUAGAAAACCAGGAGACUGAAAAAGAUAUACCUCUGUGAAAUGUUCCUCGAGUCCCUUUCCUGAGAUUGCUCUUUUGGUGCACUUUCAUGGAAGACAAUCAGAGAGCAAUAUACAUGUGUGCCUUAUUUUCAAAGAAUCUUUACACUACUAGGAGUCCUCACUGAAGCAGCUAUAGCCUAAAUACUAAUCCCCAAAGCUCAAAGGUAUACUCACCAGCAAAAUCCAGGGAGGUCUGAACUCUUCAUUUUAAGCUAUUCUAAUAGUAUUUCUUUUCUCCAUUAUGUCUUGGAAGUACCUUAUGAAUUCUUAAAUUGAGGAAACAUUCUUAAUGGCCACAAAGUGAUGUAUUGGAUGUUGUUAGUGAUAAUGUUUGGUCUUACUCUGUUUUUAGUCAGAUAAUGAAAACAGGACUUCACCUUGAACCUAUAACAGCCAUUCAUCAUCUCUACUUUUUAAAAUUGCCGUAGUUUUUUGGUUUGUGUGCUGUUGUUGUUGUUUUUUAAUUUAAUAGUGGACAGAGCAAGUUCAGAAUCCUAGUUCUGAGUUGUUACAGGGCAACCAUGAACAUUUGAGGUCAAGUUAUCUACUCAACAGAUAACUAGACUGAAUUUUUUCUCAUAAGGCUGUUAUUUGGUUAGCAAUUUCAAACCUUUAAAAGAUUAUCUGAUUAAAGCUAGGCAACUUGGUGAGAAUUCUUAAUCUCUCUUUCUUCCUCUUUUUCUCCCUCCUCUUUUCUCCUUCCUUCUUUCUUGCUUUCUUUCCUCCCUCCUUUCCAUCGUACCUAUUAAUGCUGUCCUGCUUCAGCUUUUCAUAAGCAAAUCAAUGCAGUGUGGUCCUUAGGGUAUUAUGAUCAUAAUAAGGGAAGAAGGCUACAACAAUGUACAUGUGGCAUCCAUAAAGCCUUCCUUUCUAGGGUAUAUUUCCCAGAUUGUGUUUAUUUCUACAAUGAAAUGAGAUAAUAGAGUCUUUGGGUUUUAUUUUAAUGACAGUUCACCAGGGAUUCAGAUCAUAGAGUUCUUGGUAAAUUCAUUUAUGACUGCCCUCGUUUUCUCAGCUAAAUAGCAAAUGAUCUUUCUGAGACUCAGGGUUUUGUUGGUUUUUUUUUUAAUCCAAAGCAGUUUUGACUAACAAAACAAUGAUAUUUUUUAGUGAUGGCAUGUUAUUUUACUCCACUGAAACUUGAUAAUUUUUAUUAUGGCAAAGAAAAACUAUUGCCUAUCUGGAACUUUCAUACAUAUCAGCAUUUUGCCCAUGACAGUGAUAUUAAAUCUUAAUAUUUUAUAAAAAGCAACCUAAGAACAAGCCUGGGUCUUUCAUUGAAGUAUUUUGUUAAAACUUGGGUCUGAGAUUCUUUUGAACUCUGGCUAAUACUGAUGAAAAUAUGCAUGUGCCCUCUGUGUCCUUUUGUUUGUUGGGAAAAAGCUUAUAAUUCUAGGGCUACAUUUCCAUUUUUGUUCUUUAUCCUCAUUUUCAUCUUCUACACAUUUUCACAAGGUUGACACUGAUUUUCCUUUUGGAGAGGGAUCACAUAGGUGGACAAUAAAACAUAAUAACAAUAUGUAAUACUUAAUUCAAUACAUAAAUGAAAUUGCCAAGAAUUAAUGGAAAAUCCCAGUGAGUAUUUCAUUUUGAUAUAUAGGCAGAGUAUUUUUUGUUUGUUUGUUUGUUUGUUAACCUGUCUCCAAGAAGUGUGGGAUUCAAGAGCAGAAUGAGAAAUUUUAGAGGAGAGACAGUCUAUAAUUAAAACUAUGGCAACACACAGUUCUUGUAUAGUGUGACUGAGAAUUUUCAUAAGGGCUUUAGGGAGCAGCAAUCACAGUUAUUUAAGGGGAUAAUAUAUAUAUAUAUAUAUGUAUUUCCAAGUUGAUGAGCUAUUUAAAAGGCACUAUGGCUAACAAUCUAUUUUUCCUCGGUCAGAAAAGAGUACAAUGACAGCUGCUGCCGGGUUCCAUGCCUGGCCACAACUACACUAGAAAUUUGAUGAUGCCUGACCUCUUAUCCGCUCAGAGAGCGGGGCAUAGCUCGCCUCUUUCUGAGAGAUGAUGAUGCAUAUUCUGAUAUAGUUUUAGAUAAAUUACACUACACCCUAAACAUCUCUGCAGGUUAGAGAUUUCUCUAUUCAUACAGUGUUUUAUUCUUUUCCAAUGUACUUACCUGGUGAGCGCAAGUAGUAGUUCUUUGAUCUGUGGUUCUUCCAUUCAAAUCUCUUUUCUGUGUCAUGCCUAAUAACCACACUAUCAAGAAUUUGUACCUCUUUUCUCUUUUUAGUUGCACAGAAAAUUAAAUAUGAAAUGGCAUAUUUUCCCUUCAAUACUGAAAGGACAGACACUUAUUCCUUUCUCUAUUUUACUUUCCUGGCUCUUGUUCCAAAAAGUUGUGACUUUAUUUUAGUUAUCCAACAUGCAAGUGGCUUAUUUGGGGGGAAAUUGUGUGGAACACGCAUUUUUACUAAACUCAGUGACAUUUCCCCCUUGAUGUUAUCAAAAAAUUACUAAAAUCUUUGCUCUUUGUUUCUGAUUAAUGUACAGAAGUCUCUGACAACACUAAUAAAUCUGGCUCUAAAGCUAGGCAAAACAAGUCUAACAUCUAAAUAUUUGCCUGUUGGUCAGAUAUCAAUCAUUCUUUCAAUUUUCCUUCAUUUAUUGACAGGAUGUCAAGGCCAAUUAACUUUCUGCUUUUUCUUUGAACUGAUGGACCCCAAAAUAUCUUCUAAUAUUAUUUCAGUCUACUCGGUGAAAUGUAGCAAUAACUUUGGUUCAAGCUAGGUUAAAAUAUUUUUUUCAGGGUUGAAAGUAAAUUGAAUUUGAAUCACCCAAAGGAAACUGAUAUUAAAUGUAGAAAUUUCCCUUAGGGACUCAAACCCAGGAGAGAGAAUGCUAGAUGAGGACAGAUGUGUACACAACUUUAUGUCUCAAACUUGUUUUGAUGUUGCCAACAUCAAAGUCAUUCUGAAAACAAGAAGUGAGUUAAUACAUAUGCUGUGCAUGACACUCCCACUUCUGGUAAAUGUCCAUAAAGUCUCUUCAACCCUUUUUUUUCCUGGAUUCUUUAUAGAUUCAACAUAAUCGUUUACUGGCUUUUUCGUUUUGAGAUUCACUUUCAUUCUUCUCUGUUCAAAUGUUUAUAUGCAGAGAUGUUGCAAUUUAGACCAAGUGAACAGCUUUUGCACAUGAUCGAUUAGGAACUAUCCUUAGAGGUCCGUAUUUUCUCUUUACAUUUGUCUCUCUAACAUCUUUAUACCUUUCUCAUUUCUUUAAUUUAGUAAUCACUGUAAGAGAAUCAGCCCCUAAAGUAACUUUGAUUCAGGCCAACUGCAAUAAGAUCAAACAGGUUCCACUGGUGCUCCAUAGGAAGGAUUAUAGUGUAAGAAAGAAUAAUUCUUCCCAGUGACAUCAGUAAAGCUUCAUGAAGUAGUAAAAUCUGGUAAGAAAUCUUGAAUUGAUGCAUUGACUGACUUAGAAUUGAGGGAAGACUAGUCAGGGCCACAGAAACAACAGGAAAGCAGAGGCUGUGUUUAGAUAAGACCCUCCGCUUUAAGUACCACAGAUUCUGGAACUUUCUUACCAGGAGAAAGAGCUUCCAGACAGGCAUGUUUGGUGGGAAGGAAAAGGCAUAGAGGAAGCCUAAUUCAAUUUUUAUUUGCUUUUUCCUUUCUUCAUAAUUGAAAAAUGGGAUGAAUGGCCAAAAUGGAAUUCAACGCAUACAGUAUGAAAAGGAAGCCUUAUUUAUAACAUUCUCAAUGUACAGUCUGAAUAGCUCAUAGCUACAUACUUCACUCUUGCAGCAAAAACACUUUGUCUUUUGGACUCCUACAGGAGAAUGAGCAAGGCACCUCUAUUUUCCUGUUGCUUCUAGGUCUACAAUUAGAAAGGACUCCUCAGUCACCUAUUCCAUUGUGUUGAAAUUCCCUUACAGAUUGAUGGCUAAGUGAUAAUACAGACUCUGUUUAAGCAUCACCUGCACCAAUGAGCUCAUCACUUCUUAAGGUCUUCCAUUUCCAAUGUGACACUUGGUUCUGAGUUCCCCCCAGACCAUCACAGCACCUGCCUUUGUGGCUGAUGUUCUCCUUGGUGCCACACAAAACUCAUCUUUAGUACAAAAUUAAAUGUUGCUUCAUCCCUCCAUUGUUACUUAAAAUAUAUCUUUUGCUUUUGGCAGCAUGUUGCUUUUAAAAUGACAUCUUUGAAUUUUAGCUAAAAAUUAUAAAAAAUCUUCUUUAAAAAUUCCUAAAACUAGUGAAGUCUCUUACGAAGGUCGGCUUUAGAGUUUAUGAGUUUUUUUGUUGUUUUCUUUCCUUCUUUAUUCAAAAGACAAAUGGUUCUGUCAGCUGUUAUAUAGCUGUAUGCCUUUCCCCAGUAACUAUCCCAGGAACCGUACAUCUAGUUAACUGGCCUGCUGAUAGUGAUCUUAAAAUACUGGGAAAUGUCAGUGUGUGAUCUCCAUUUCUAACAAGGCAAAAGUCAAAAGCAAAAGACAGUGAUUCUUUUAAAACUCAUUACUUCUGGUUGUGCAAAAGGAAAUCAUUCUUGGAGAAAGAAGACAUAAUAUGUUAUGGUUUUAUGCAGAAAGGUAUAAAUUCUUUUCUUACUGCCCUGAGUUAAUAUUUAGUUUUCAUAGUACUGUCUGGCCUCUGGGAGGACAAGGCUUGCGGCUUCUUCCAGCCCAGUCUGGAAUCCGAGAGCCCUAUUGGCAGAACGUGUCAUUAGUCUCCUGGGCAGGACCUGGGGGUGGCUUUCUGAGGUCUAAAAUAAUAAUUCCUAAGAGACUUACAAACUUCUUUCACACAUAAAGCAGCCCUGGGAGAAUGGUUAUUAAUAGCUGUAUCCUAGAAGAAAAAGCUGAGGCUCAGAAUUAUUAAGUGACUUGCCAAGAGCGAGAAGCUGGUAAGUGGCAUAUUUGGGGACGUACUCGGUCUUGCAAGUCCAGUGGUCCCUUCUGUGGCCACUCUCGUCACAAAAUACCUGAGCACAAUGUACACUUCUCACAGACUGAAGUACCCCCCAUUCUGUGGCAUCCAAGGAAAUCACAUAGGCCAUUUAGCUGUCAGGGGGCAAACCCACAUGUGCACUGUUGGAGACCACAGAGCUGGAAUGCACAAUGUGACAGCUUGUGGGAAAGGACUAGGUAUUCUGUCUGAUCAGUGCUGUGAUGAAGUCAACAAGGAAGGGUCACAGUGAGGAACAAACAACUGUGGCACUGAGGCACACUGCGGCAAAUUUCCCCAGAGACCAUUGGUUUACUUUACAUCAACUGAAAAAUUCUCUGGAAUUGUGAGUUUCAGAAUAUCAAUGGAGAUCCUAUCAUUUAGAAUUCAGUGGAGUGCAUGGGUGACUUUAUCCUUAUGACAAGUGUCUCUUCUGUGGACUGCAGUGUAAGCCCCACAGAGGGAGAAACUGCUGUAGGUAAACAAUGCAUAUUACUGCCUCUCUCAGUUAUUGAUUGAGGCUCACCAAGUGUGUGUCACUGCAUCAGGCAUUUCCCAACCAGCCAAACAACCCAUGACCUUUGAAUGUCCAUGAACAAAUACUAUGGGACUGAUUACCAUUCUGAGAUUUGGCCUUUGCCAUUGGAUAGACUGGGCUCCCUGGGCUGUUGUAACUUUAUGAUUUGUACCUAUCACAGGACUUUGGUACUGUGCAUUUCCAGGACACUUACUGGGAAGCCUCUCUGUUACUCUAGAAGCUGCUCUACACAGCAAAUCAACAACUGGCCAUUCUUUCUCUUGACCUGCAUUCCUCAGGAAGCUCUGCCUUUUGGUGUGUGCUCUUGGCUUUUUAUUUCAUCCCAUUUCUUUCUUAUAGUUGUUUGGUUUUUGGUAAAAAUCUGUGACUCUGAUUGAAAAAUAAUUCUUUCUUCAUCUGAGUUAAAUCUACUGCAGGAAACCUUUAAAAUUAUCUUCUCUAAUAUGCUUUCUAGGCAUUUUUCCUCCCUAGAGUUUAUUAUCCAUCAAGCCAGUCUCAUCAUCUAUUUGCUUAUUCCCAGGGAUUAGUAAGGGCCAAACUAAAUAACAAACAGCCUCUCACCUCUGUCCAAUCUUCACACCUGGGAAAUGCAGGAGGGGCCUGCCCAGCCAGGAGAGUAGUAACCUUGGCUGAGAUGGCAACAGUAAAAGUCUGGAAAGGCGCCUCAUUUUCUGUGAGGUUUGAUAAAUGUUAUGGCUGAUGGAUUAGAAAACAGUUCUUGCAGAGCAGGUGGAGUACCCCACCCAGGAGUGGAUUAAUAGAAGAAGCAUUUUAAGGACUUUGCAAAAUUAUCCAAGUGAGUACACCUGAGCAGAGACUCACUUGGGUGGAACCUGUGACAUCUUAGUGAAGGGUGUAGCAGGGCAAUGAGGCAGUAAACACAAAAAAAGCAGCCCUUCAAAAAAAUAAAUAAAAGGAGCCACACACCCUGGUUUAUCUUUACAUAAUAUAAAGAAAACUAUUAAAACAACUGUCCUUUCAUUCUACACAAUACAAUCCCCCAUAUUUAGGGGAAAUAUAAUUGUGUUGUCUUUAAAACACACACCCUUGUGUGUGCAUGCACACACAUCCACACUCAUCCACAUGCACACACAAACAUCUUCCAAGAAACCUUAUCCUUCAAAGAAGAAAUCUUAUUUUUCAAACACAGGGGUUUUCAGGCCAGAAAAUUAAUAAUUCCUAGACCUGACCCAUUUUUUGUGGCUGCCAAAAAGGAAAAGUUAUUUAAAUUUUGUAUGGAUCCAAUUAUCUCUUAAAAUAUUCCAAAGCUAUUUGAGAUGGAGUUGGAAACUAAGGUAGUUUUCUCCUGCUUGAUUCCCUUUUUAUAUUUUUAUCUGUUGGGAGAAGGGUAAAGAACUAUUCUUAGGCCGUUGUUGAUGUAUUGUGUUGCCACUUUUGUUCACACUAAGGUGUAGGAUUAAUAGUCGCUUUCUUGACUCCAUUUCCUCAGCAAGAGAGAGCAAAUAUUGGACCUGAAUGUCUUUCCUCAUGAAAUUAUUUAACUCCACUUUGAACUAGUUCAGAAAAUGUAAAAUAAGGAGAGGUAGAUUUUCUUGGAUACAUUCUUCUUUUUUUUUCUCCCCCUUGGAAGACUUAUGUAUGAAGGAGAAAAUAUCCAGUUUUUUCUCAUUUCUUUUUCUUUUUUGGUGCAGUUGAUGAUCAUUUAGUAAUAACGAUAAGCCAGGAGUAGGAGAAUAGCCUAGCCAGAUGAUGGUGAGUCUGCCAAUGUGUUUCAUUCCUUCAAACACAGACUUUGAGAGAAAAAGAGAUUUUUAUCAUUGAAAUACCAACAAUAGGAAUGGCCUCAUAUUUUAACUUUCAGAUAGUAAAAGGUGACUUGAUAUAUGGGCAGUGGCUGCAUUUUACAUUAAUUCCAUAUACCCUCUGCUUAGUUUUUUUGUGAAUAUCAAGUAUAUCAGCAUAUGAGGUGAAAUUGCCAAAAAGAGUUACAAUGCCUUAACACCUCUCUCACCAGGCAGCAAUUUGAAACUGAUGUAGAUGGUGCCAGCCAUCUAGCUUGGCUGAAGUGUAUCCUUGAUGAAAGAGAUUUAGAUGCCUGGAAACUAGAUCUUGUCACCGACAGUUUAUAAUGAAGUGGUUACAAAAUCAGUUUUAAACUGCUUUCUUUUACUACCCGCUUAUUCUCUUGGGAAAGCUGAUGGACAAAUUAUCCAAAAUUAUUUUCUUAUUAAAUGAAGUCAAUAUUCCCUACCUAGAAUCUGAAUUACGUCCUCCUUCUUUUUCAGGAAACAUAUCAGAGAGCAAAUAGAAUUGAAGAUGACACAGGCUUGUCUAAUUCCUUAGCAUGUAUGAGAUUAUCAUGUGAUUUAACGUGCCUUAAAUGAAAAUGUAAACUCAGAUGCAAAACUUUACAGCUGAGUGUGUAGCAUUGAACGUCUACCAUGCCAUCUCUGCAAUGAUUUACUCUGGCUUUUUGUUUCAUUUUGGUUUUCCAACUUCAUCUUUAUCAUUAGUGUAACAGAUUUGGGCUCUCUCUCUGGUGGGAAUAUGUACACUUAUGAGAUGCACCCAAAAAAAAGGAAGGAAAGAACUUGCUUCAUAGCAAAGCUGUGCCAUGGAGCGGCUGUGACAUGGAGAUGCCAAGCCUGAGGAUAGUCAUUUUCUCAGAGCCACACAUGCACGCUUUUAUUUCACGGCUUUUGUUGCAGGCUUUUCUCCUUCUGUGCCGUCACCUUUGAGAAAAACGAUUGCACCUUCUCCAAAUCUGCCUUUUUAACAGCUUCAGUUGAGUUGGCAAGAUGUCCCCAGCUCUGAAUAUAGCCAUUUGCCGACUCUGGCCUCUGCGAGACUAACUCGAAUCUGUGAUCUUCUGCUCAGUGUACACAUCAGCAAAGUGAGAAGAUGAACCCUAAAAAUAGGCUCUAUUAACUUUACUUUUAGAUUUACUGCCUUCAAAAAGUGCCUAUUCUGAGAAACACAAACGUUAUUCCCCCUUAUGUAUGUACAAACAGUACCCAGAGCCCUGCGGUGCAGCCUUCAAAAACAUACUGUCUACAGGAGUAGGUGCUGAGAUAAGGAAACCUUGCCAAAUGGAAGAAAGUCACUUAUUUCCAAUAUCCCCUCUCAAGAGGCACCGUGAAAUGGGCUACAAACACAUUCCCUGAGCAUUCCUUGCUGAUACAGCCACUUUAUAUUUAUAUCCUACUGGAUGGCGGUGUAUUGCUGAGGUUUCUUGUACUCUGCUUCAAGGGAAUAUAUGCUUUAUGCAAUUGGAACAAUUAGUCAGGAACAAAAUUGUUGAAGAGAAUAGAGCUAGGGCCCGUAUUAGGAUAUGUGUCAUCUACAUGUUUUAUAAACUAAGCAUUGGUGGGUUUAGAAUGUCAGCAUAUUUCUUCUCCUUCUAUCUCUCAGGCUAACAUCAGUAAAAAUGAAAGAAAAUGUGUUGGCUGUGAGGACUGGAGGCUCAGGGUGCCAAAUGUCCUUGCCAGAUCUUUAGAGCAUCUUUACUUUGACUCCUAAAAAUACUAGCAUGUGUUACUUAAUGGCUUUUGCUUUUCUCAUUCUGUCACUGACAUUGUAACCACAGACAUUUUUGAGGGAGCAGCAGCACAGCCCGGAAAGAUGGGUUCUUGCCCAGGUGUGGCAAUAGGCCAGGGUCCAGGUACAUAGGACAAGGUAGACAGUGCACGAUAUUUGGAAAAGGGUUGAAGGGAGGACGUGCUUCCAAAAAAGAUCUUUCUCAAUGUGUCGUCUGACUCAACCAGCUGGCAAAUUGCACUUGCCAAGUCUCUCUCUUUCCUUCUAAGUCAGUUGGCUCCAGGUUCACUUGAAUGUGUCUCUGCUUUGGGAAAGUGAGACACCUCCAGUUAGCCAUUCUCCAAGGAACUCCUGAUGUCUUAAUCACAAAAUCAUCUCCUACACUACCUGGUCUCACCCGAUCGUAGUAAAGGGGCCCAAGCUCUGCAAGAUGCCUUCCAUGCCAUUACAGUCACAUUCUGCUUCCCAUCCAAGGAGCCUACUAUAAAAACUGGGGAUGAGGGGGAAAGAGGUUACUGGUUCACCUGCUGUAGUCAUCAUUCUUUUAUGAACCCAGUUGACUUCUUGGAGAAAGAGUGCUGCUUUUUCACUAAAAAUGUCUACCUUUCCUGGUAAUGUUCUUUUUCUUGUUUUACCUUACCCAAUUUGAACACUAGUCAUUUUGCCUAUUCUAGAGAAUCCUAUUUUAGUGCUAGCUAAGAGUUCCCAAAUCUCUGUGCAAUGUCAGAGGGGGUAUUGGGAUAGAGAGGUGUUCCACCUGGAAACAAGAUGGACUAGAAAGGAGCAUGACUUUACUCCAGGUUUCAGUCUGAUGAUACUGACUGUGAGAGAAUUUUGUGUAAAUAAUGAAUGGCGUUUAUGAUUGAACAGAUCUAGGCAAAAGGGAGACAGGGAGAAGCUAGGUUUUCUCUAUGCUGAGUGUGUCUACCAAGAGCAAGAACUUCACACUAGGUACAGUCAUAGCUCCACCAUGAUUGGCUGCUAGUCAAAAUAAUGUUCCCUGCCUUAGGGGAAACCACACCAAAAACGUAUAGGGGUUAUGCCUAGUUUCACACAUGUGACACUGACAGAGACAAGGUAUUCCCAAAAUGUAGGUUUCCAUUUGUAGUUUUACUCUUAGCAAAUUGCAUUUCUCUACAACGUCGUGAACCACCACUGACAUAUCCCAAAUAACCCAUGUGGUUCCUUAUGAAAAUAAGAGAAUCAAACCUGUUAUAAGCAAAUGAUUUGGGUAUUCUUUUGUAUUUAUGUAUUAUCAAAUUAUAUUAAAAUGUUUCUAUGUGCCUUCUAUCAGUUUUUUCCUUCAAUUAUAUUUUCCAAUACUCUGUAAGAAUAAUUAUGAAAAUCAUUCUUUUUUCUGUAAAAGAACUACAACUACUUUAUUAUAUUUAGAAAUUCAAUAAACUUCUUAUUACAUUUA